AUGAAGGGCCAUGAACACAAGAUUCCUAGAAUGGAGGACAUUCUUAACCUUCCAGUACAAGAUCCUCCAUGUGCAGAGUUUUCUGCGGCUCAUAUCAAAUGGGUAAAAGUAGAAGGCGGUCGCCAAGGUGGCGAUGAUAUUGCCCUAAUCCCAUUUGCUAGAGUGGGUGAUUUUGUGAAAGGAGAAUCUUCAAAUGCAGAAUGCCCUGCUAGCUUCCGCAUUGAGUCAAGAAGGAGGAGACCUGAGGGCAGCAUCAGCAAGCCAAGGGUUGAUGGCUAUCUUGAGUAUACACUAUACUGGUGUUCUUAUGGUCCUGAGGAUUACCGAGAAAAUGAAUCUGGUGUGUUGGAUGGUUCUAGUACAAAGCCUGCAUCCGGAAAGGGAAGCAGGCCUGGGAGGCGUCACAUGAUGAGGGGCUGCAUCUGUCAUUUUACUGUAAAACGCUUAUAUACCCGGCCACUCCUAGCUCUCAUCAUCUAUAAUCAGAGAAAUCAUGUAGACAAAUCAGGAUUGCCUUGUCAUGGUAUACUUGAUCAGGAUGCUAUGGGAACGAGAGCCAUGUAUGCUCCACGAAUUUCAGAGGAGCAACGCCAGAAAGUGAUGUCUAUGCUUUAUGUCGGAAUACCUUUGGACAGUAUAGUUCAGCAUCACAUGGAGAUGGUCGAGGGGCAUGGGGGACCUCAUAACCGUGAUGAUUUUCUAAGUCGUAAUGAUGUUCGUAACAUGGAAAGGGUGAUUCGCAAUUCUUCUCAUGAGUUGCAUGAAGAUGAUGAAUGCAGUAUAAGGAUGUGGGUUCAACGCCAUCGCAAGAAUGUGUUCUAUUUUCAAGAUAGCUCUGGUUCAGAACCAUUUGUUUUGGGGAUGCAGACAGAUUGGCAGCUGCAGCAGUUGGUCCAAUAUGGACAUAAUGGUUACAUAGCUUUCCAUUCAACAUUUGGCUUAAAGAAACUUAAGUAUCCCUUGUGUACAUUACUUGUUUUCAACGCAUCACGGGAUGCAAUACCAGUUGCUUGGGUCAUUACCUCGUCUUUCGUCAGUCAAGAUAUCCAUAAAUGGAUUGGGCUACUGGCUGAAAGAAUCCAAACCAAGGAUCCAAGAUGGAGACUAGAUGCCUUUUUAGUGGAUGAUCCUUCCUUUGAAAUUUCUAUAAUAAGAGAGGCUUUCCAAUGCCGGGUCUUAUUAUGCAUCUGGCGUGCUCGGCGUUCUUGGAUAAGAAGACUUUUAAAGACAUGCUGCAACUUUGAUGUUCAGCGAGAAAUGUUUAAGCACUUAGGCUGGCUUUUGUAUUGCACAAGAAGGCCAAAUACUAUGGAUUCAGUUGAGGAGUUUAUGCAAGUAUUUGUUGAUCAAUGUGCCUUUAUGGAUUAUUUUAAGAGUCGAUGGUUACCAAAUAUAGAGUUGUGGGCCAAUGGCAUAAGGUCUCUUCCUGUGGCUGGUCCAGAGCCAAAUGCUGCAAUUGAGUCCUAUCAUCUAAGGUUGAAAUCCAAGCUUUUCAAUGAACAAUAUGUUGAUUCUUGGUCAAGAGUUGACUGGUUAAUCCACACACUUACAACUGAAUUUCAAUCUUCAUAUUGGUUAGACCAAUAUAGCGUAGAGACUGGGUAUUUUGAAAACUUGAGGGACAAAUCUUUCUCAACCAAUGCUUGGUAUCAGGCUUUGCAGAUCCUAAAUGUUGAUGUCAUACUGGAUGAGCAAAAUCUCCAGUAUGCAAAAGUCAUCUCACAAACAGACAGAAGCCUGGCAUACACUAUUUGGAACCCCGGUUCCGAGUUCUCAUUGUGUGAUUGCCCUUGGUCAAGGCUAGGAAAUCUCUGCAAGCAUGUCAUCAAGGUGGCAAUCACAUGUAAAAGUCAGCAGGUUGCAAGACCAUUAUUGUCUGCCCAAGUUUAUCGGCAGGCCUUGCUUACCCUUCUUCAAAAUCCCCCAGAUGAUCCUUUAGUUCUUGACCAUGCCAUUUUACAUGCAACCCGCUUGCAACAGGACAUUAAAGGCUUGGAAGUAUUAUCUAAUAGUGGGUUGCUCCAGCCUUUACCUUCAGAGAUUAGUUCUCAUGUAGCAGACAAUAUACUUUUUCCUCGUCUCCACUGA